UACUGCUCAUCCGCCGCCCCGAUUGUUUUAUGCGUACAUAAAAAAAACUUGCCCAUCUCAUGCAAAUCAUCUUUUGCUUGCCUACCAUUCAUUAAAACUUCAAUAUAAUUCAUACGUGCAUUCAACGCUAACGGUUCUAGACAGUGCGGAGAAAGGUGUUUAAAAUCAAGAAAACAACCCUUCACUGAUAGAGUGCUUAACUCUCAAAGAUCACCUCAACUGGAAGCCAUCUUACCAGUCAUCUUAAGGUUCCCUAUCAAUCCCCAGAGAUCGAAUAUUCGUUGAAGAGGUAUAAUAACUUCCUCCCUUUUCUCUUACAUCUCAACGUCAUCCCCCCCGCGAAUACAAUGUCCUUUUCAAACGCAAUCAAUAUUCCAAGCGGAAGUAACUCAACGAUGGAAAUGAUGUCAAACGAAUUCACUUCUCCGAUUAGCAUUUCAUCACCUUUUAGUAGUUCAAGUGGCAAUGCAAGUGCGGCAGAACAAAUGAUGUUUGCUUCUUCUUUUGCCACGAUAACUUCACCUCCAACCAGUGAUGAUUUUGCUUUGAGCACACAACAAGAACAAAAGAAACAUAAACCACACAAAUGCGAUAUUUGUAACGCUUGUUUCGCUCGUAAGGUUCAUUUGCAAAGACAUGCUCUUCGUCAUCAAAAUGGAAAGCCGUACUGUUGUGAUCGAUGCGGAAAAUGCUUCAGCCGUCAAGAUUCUCUCGUUCGUCAUCAUAGAUUACUGCAUGAGAAUAUGGUCAAAGAAACCAAACCAAGCAAGGCUACCGUAAUGGCUGGUAAAAAGACCAAAAAGCAAUCUAAACGUGCUUGCAUUCGUUGCAGCAGUAUCACCGUCAAAUGUGACGGUAAGCAACCUUGUUCACGUUGUGUUUCGAAUCAUGGAGGAGAGUCAUGCUUGUAUGCCCCGACUUCUGCUCCUACCACAAUCGGACAAGCAUCAAAGAAGCGUUCCCGUCAACGUCAUGAUAGUAUCGCCACAACAUCUUCUAUGGUCACAAUUGAUGAUGAUGACGGGUCAUUUUCUGGACCACGUCGGGAUACGGCCAGUAGUGUUGCCUCAACCAUGAGUGACGCAUUCAUGAGUCCAAUCCCGGCAAAUUCAUGGGGACAACAAUUGCCCGUCUUGUCCGUCUAUCAACAAUCUCAAAUGCAACAACAAAUUCCACCUCAUCCAUUUGAACUUCCACAAAUGGAUGCAUAUGUGGAUUCAAGCAAAUCUUUGGAUUUCAUGGCCGGUUUACCAAACUUUUUCCCAUCUUACCCUCAACAACAUCAGCAAAUGCAACCUCAAUACCCUUCCGUGCCAAUGUUUGAUUGGUCUUCUCUGUGCUUAGAAGAAGACACUUUCAAACUUCCAUUCUCUGGAUCUGCUUCCAACAAAGACCUCAACGGGACACUUUUGAGUGAUGAUGUCAGAAUGGCAUCUCUCACCCAAGACAGCACAUUCCCUUCUCCCUCCAUCCAUGCCUUACAACAACAUAACCUUCACAUGCACGAUCUCGCAAAUCAACAAUUCGGUCGUGUUCAAAGUUUACCUGCCACGAACGGCGGUGAUCUUUCCGCAUUCGCAAUGGCCGUUGCACAAAACAAUCAAUGCGUAACAAACAUUGACGGUUUAAUGCGUUCGCUUUCCGGGUAUGGAAUGCGAAAUGGAAACAAUGGUGAAUCUCUUGUUGUCUAAAAGGGCUGCCCCUAUUUUGUCACGAUGUAUUGUUUAAUCUGUUUUUACCCGUGGAUAUCCUUCUUGUUUUUCUGUAUAAUUUCGUAAUUUUUUUCCUUCUUCCUCAACUAUUUUUCGGAUCUUGUUUUUCUUUUCUCUAUAAUUUCUAUUCUCUUUCCGUCAUCAUCAUAUACGAGAUGCUUCCUCCCUUGUGAGGGAAUAAUUCCAUGUAUUCUUUUUACAUUCCAAAAUUGUCUGAGAACCCUUCGUCCUUCCCCGCAAAAAGAAGUCUGACGUCUGAUCUUUCUCACACACAGACGUCCCUUUGUCUUUGACAUUAACGCUAACGAUCACGGCAUC